UGUUGCUACAAGUGGUCAGUCGUCUCGUGGGCUGUUCAGUUGAAAGCGUUCUCAAAAACGUUGUUACACACACAUUAUUAAUUUUUAAUUUUCAAGUCAUAUUCUAAUUUGGAAAUAAACUGGGAAUCAUGAAAAGGAGGCGGUGCUUAUUUCUGAUAUCAGUGCAGCUGCUCUUCUUGGCGAAUACCAUUUCGCCGACGCAGUGGUUUCCUGAUCGCGUACCAGGCAAGUUUUGGCAUGGCAUAGCAUCGAAACCAAAGGAUGACAUUUCUAUUGUAAAUGACAUCAGUGAUCUUGGAAGAUCAGAUCUAGGAAUCAGUGACGCUACCAAGGCAAACACAAACAAGAACGAUACACAUACAGAACAAGACUUUGUCAGGGACGAAGCCCCUGAAAACAACCAUACCAAGAUCGAUUCCUCUGGACUCGAAGAAAUGAACGUAUCAGGAUCUGAUAACAACGAACCAACGACGUUAUUCGAUUACUUGACUAAAGGGACAACGGAGGUUCCAAUGCUAGGGCUGACUGAAGAGACAACACUGAAUUCAACUUCAGAAAAGACUUUGCAAGACAACGAAGACUCGCAAGUUUCAGAUGAAAGGGACAUCCGGUUGCCAGAUACCAUGAAGCCUUUGCAUUACACAAUAAAGAUUCAGCCUUUCGUCAAUGGUAACUUGACUGUACAUGGUUUCAUGGAAGUUGAUAUCGAGGUCUUGAAGAACACAUCUGAAAUAAUUCUCCACGCAGCUGAUAUACAGUGCAUCUACCACACAGCCAGGUUAUCGUCUCUGGAUGAUGGUGUUUCUCCAGCAAUUGUCGUAUUUACUGUGGACCCAGAACGACAGUACCUGACCGCUUUGUUAAAUGGUCCAUUAACCAUUGGGAAAAGAUACAGAUACUCGAUGUUCUACAUUGCCAGAUUGACCAAGGAAACUCUAGGCUUCUUCGCAGCUACAUAUCAAGAAAACGGCAAGGAAAAAAGUGCAGCAGCAACGAUUUUUCAACCAACUUACGCUAGACGAGCGUUCCCUUGUUUCGAUGAGCCAGCAUUGAAGGCCACUUUCGAUAUAGUCCUGCUCAGAGAACGUAACAUGACAGCAAUCUCAAACAUGCCAUUACGUAACACAACUGUGUUUGAACACCAUGAAGAGUGGCUAAUAGAUGAGUUUGAAACCACACCACCUAUGUCAACAUAUCUUGUGAUUUUUGUGAUUGCAGAGCUUGAACAUGUCGCUACCACUAAUAGUAAUGGCAUCCCAAUUCGAGUGUGGGCGAGAGGUGACGUCCUCAAUCAGACUGAGUAUGCGCUGCAGCUAACAGAGAAGACUCUCGCAUUUUUCGAAGAACUGUUUAAUACAUCCUAUCCACUACCAAAGCUCGAUGUUGUUGGCCUGCCAUGUGGUAUGGCGAUGGCUUUUGAGGGCUGGGGAGCCAUUUUGAUUUACGAUGAGACGGCGGUACUUAUGUCAAAUUCGUCGACGUUUUCCCAUGAAAAUAACGUGGGAAUAAUUUUGGCACAUGAAAUAGCACAUCAGUGGUUUGGUAACUUGGUAACUCCCCAGUGGUGGACAGAUCUUUGGCUGAAUGAAGGCUUUGCCUCUUACAUGGAAAAUGUUGCUAUGGCAUGCACUAAACCAGAAUGGAACGUGAAAGCUCAACAAGUGUUGAAGGAUCUGCACGAAGUCAUGCGCAUGGACAGCUACCUCUCCUCGCACCCUGUGAGUGUUCCAGUCUACCAUCCAGAUGAAAUAUCAAAGAUCUUUGACAGAAUAUCAUAUGAAAAAGGUUCUUCGAUCAUAAGAAUGAUGAAAUAUUUCUUAACCGAAGAAACCUUCACGAAGGGUAUAUCCAGCUAUCUCAGUGACCAUAAAUUUGGUGCUGCUGACCAGGAUGACCUGUGGGAGUCUUUAACGAGGGCUGGUCAUGAGGAUGGGACCUUACCCAGGAACCUGACUCUGAAAGCUAUCAUGGAUUCUUGGACAUUACAGAUGGGUUACCCUGUAAUCAGCAUCAUUAGGAAUGUGAAAGGCACUCUGGCUACAGUGUCUCAGGAGAGGUUUUUACUGACAACGAACAAAACAGGUGACGAGCAUGGCUAUAAAUGGUGGGUACCGCUGACAUUCACCUCCCAAGCCAAACCCAACUUCAAUAGGACGCAGGCGCUGAUCUGGAUGAAGAACUCAAGUUCUCACACUGUUGUGAGAGACCUCCCAGAUAGGAACAACUGGGUGAUAUUCAAUCUCAAGCAGACUGGGUUCUACAGAGUCCAUUAUGAUGACAACAAUUGGGACUUACUUAUCCAACAAUUACAGAACGACCAUGAUGUUAUUGAUGUCAUUAAUCGAGCGCAAAUAAUAGAUGAUAUGUUCAAUAUGGCCCUCUCAGGGAGAGUGUCUUAUGCGAAGGCUCUCAAUAUGAUUCUUUAUUUAUCAAAGGAAAAAGAACUGCCAGUUUGGAACGCUGUUUUUGAAAAUAUCAAUUACAUGAAUGCUAUGUUGGCGGACACAGAGAUCCAUGAAGAAUUUAAGAGUUACAUCUUAUCACUACUGGAACCUCUGUUCGCAACAUUAGGAUUCCAGAGCUCGCCGUCAGAAGAUUUCUGGCAUAAACUAUCAAAUCCUGACCUGACCCAAUGGGCGUGUGAGUUAGGCCACAUCUACUGUGUGCAGAAGGCCAAAGAACUCUACAGAAAAUGGAUGCUCGACCCUCAGCAGAAUCGUUUAAGACUUGACUCGUCACUUAUGAAACUAGUUUGCUGCACUGCUAUUGCCCACGGUGGACCGGAAGAAUGGGAGUUUGCCUGGCAGCAGUAUAAGGAAAUAGAUGUCGCUGCUCAAAAGGACAACCUGAUUAAGGCCUUGAGCUGUAAUCGGGAUUUUACUCUCAAAAGACAGAUGUCUAUUGAUGCUUUUGCUCAGUACCUGAAGUCACAGACGAAGAAAGCACUUCUGUAG